UCUAUUAUGGGCCAGCUAUUCUGUUCCACAAAAUGCGGAAUACACACAACCAGUAUCUGUGUUUUGCGGAUCCAAAAACAACAGUUGUCUGCAUAAGCCCUUCACCUGAUCUUUGCACGUCUGUAAUCCUUGGAGAUCAGGAGAUCUGCUUCAUUAACAUCAUGCCAGAGCCAGAGAGAAAAUCAAAGAUCUCCGCUUCACGCAAGCUCUUGUUAAAGAGUUUAAUGCUGGCCAAGGCAAAAGAAGCAUGGGAUCAAGAACAUGUGAAUACGCAGGAAGAAAAACAGAAAUACCUAAGUGAGCGAGUGCCACAUUGCAACACACAAGGUUUGGGGCGUGAGGCAUUACAGGUGUUGUGUCGAGAGCUCCAUGAAAAGGUUGGAAUUUGUGAUGAGGAAAGAUAUGAUAUUGAAGCAAAAGUUCUUCACAAUACAAGAGAGAUUCAAGAUCUGAAGAUGAAAGUGCUAGAUUUGCGUGGUAAAUUUAAAAGACCAGCAUUACGUAGAGUGAGAGUAUCAGCUGACGCUAUGCUCCGUGCACUACUUGGCUCAAAACACAAGGUCUCAAUGGAUCUGCGCGCUAACUUAAAGUCUGUAAAGAAGGAGGACACAGAGAAGGAGCGUCCAGUUGAAGUCAGUGAUUGGCGCAAGAAUGUCGAAGCCAUGUCUGGUAUGGAGGGCAGGAAAAAGAUGUUUGAUGCAGCAAAAUCGCCUACUGGACAAUAAAUGGGACCUGCCAAAGGACCUUUUGAUGUAAUCUCACUCGCCACAUGUUGAGUGCGGUGAUGUCAGUGCAGGUCCUGCUGAAUGAAGAUGUAAGGGAAAAU